UCCCUGGGAACAUGGCGGCAAGCGUCCGCGGCCGUCCUAUCCGAAGUGUUCGAUUGCGAGAUAAACGAUGUCGCAAUGACAGUGGAGAGGAAAACGUACCGCUGGAUCUCACUAGAGAGCCCUCCGAUAACAUGCGUGAAAUUCUUCAGAAUGUAGCCAAGCCACAUGGAGUGUCUAACAUGCGGAAACUAGGCCAUCUGAACAAUUUCAUAAAGCUUCUCUGCAGCACUGGUCACUGUGUGAAGACAUUCGGGUUUACAUAUGAAGAAAUCAUUAUCUGCCUGCGGCUGGCGCUCCUCAACGAGGCGAAGGAGGUGCGAGCGGCCGGCCUGCGGGCCCUGCGCUACCUCAUGAGGGACAGCAGCGUCCUGCAGAGGAUCCUCCGGCUGCAGGUGGACUACCUGAUCUCCAGGUGCAUCGAUAUUAAGCAGAGUAAUGAAGUGGAACGAACGCAAGCUCUGCGGCUGGUCAGGAAGAUGAUCACUGUGAAUGCGCUGCUUUUCCCGAACUCCGUCACCAACUCCCUGAUCGCCAUUGGUAAUGAUGGUUUGCAGGAGCGAGACCCAAUGGUGCGGGCCUGCAUCGCCAUCGUCUGUGAGCUGGCCUUGAAGAACCCUGCGGUGGUGGCCCAGAGGGGUGGGCUGUGCACCAUCCUGAAGAACGUCAUCGACUGCCAGCUCAGCCGCAUCAACGAGGCGCUCAUCACCACCAUCCUGCACCUCCUCAACCACCCCCACACGCGCCAGUACGUGCGCUCCGACGUUGACCUUGAGCAAAUCCUAGCACCUUAUACAGACUUCCACUACAGGCACAAUCCAGACACGACCGAAGCCCAGCUCAAAGAGGACAAACAAGCUCGUUUUUUAGCCAGUAAAAUGGCCAUCGUGGCAGCCUUCCGUUCCUGGUCAGGAAUCAUAAACCUUUGUAAAUCUGGAAACUCUGGAAUACAGUCUCUCAUUGGUGUACUCUGUAUACCAAAUAUGGAAGUAAGAAAAGGGUUAUUGGAGGUGUUGUAUGAAAUCUUUCGCCUUCCUGUCCCCAUUGUGACAGAAGAGUUUGAAGAAGCCCUCCACAGCAUUGACCCCAGCAGGUUUCAGGACAGUUGGAGACUCUCGGAUGGCUUCGUGGCGGCCGAGGCCAAAGUUGUUCUUCCUCAUCGGGCCCGGUCCAGGCCUGACCUCAUGGACAACUACCUAGCGCUGGUACUAUCUGCUUUCAUCACAAGUGGACUUCUGGAGGGUCUGGUGGAGGUGAUCACCAGCAGUGACGACCAGAUCGCUGUGCGAUCCACCAUCCUCCUUGGAGAACUUCUGCACAUGGCCAACACAAUCCUUCCUCACACGCACAGCCAUCACCUGCACUGUUUACCGACCCUCAUCAACAUGGCUGCCUCCUCUGAGAUCACCCAGGAAAAAAGACUACGUGCCAGUGCAGCGGUGAACCACCUGAAGCGUUUCCACGAGAAGAAGAGGCGAGGCCCCCGGCCCCACAGCCUCUACCUGGACCAGAUCAUCCGCAAGGCCGUGGCCUCACCGCACCGCAGGGAGCAGCCCGUGCGCACGCACAAGGACAUCUACGCCAUUAAGGACAGUGAAGAAGCACUUAUGAUGAACUUGAGGGAUAGUCAGAUCCUCAACCACAAGCAGAACUUGGAGUGGAGCUGGGUUCUGAUCUCCACUAUACUGAAGUGGCCAAGCACUAACCUCAAAAACAGCAAAGAUGAACAAAUGCACAGGUUUGUGCGGCGGCUGCUGUACUUCUACAAGCCCAGCAGCAAGCUGUACGCAGCCCUGGAGCUGGACCACAGCAAGGGCAGGCAGCUGACCGUGGUGGGCUGCCAGUUUGUGGAGUUUCUCAUGGACUCUGAGGAGGAAGGGCAGGCGUAUCUGGAGGACCUGGUGAAGGACGUGGUGCAGUGGCUCCCGUCCACCUCGGGCGCCAAGCCCGAGCGCAGUCUCCAGAGCAACGGCCUCCUCAACACCCUCAGCCAGCACUACUUCCUGUUCCUGGGCACGCUGUCGUCCCAGCCGUACGGCGUCAAGGUCCUGGAGAAGUGCAGCGUCUUCCAGUGCCUGCUGAACAUGUGCUCCAUGAAGAACCAGGACGCCAUGCUGAAGCUCACCGUGGCGUCGCUGGACUACAGUCGCGAAGGCCUCCCCCGGGUCAUUCUCUCCAAGGUCCUCACAGCAGCCACAGAUACCUGCCGCAUGUACGCCACCAAGCACCUGCGGGUGCUUCUGCGGGCCAACGUGGAGUUCUUCAGCAACUGGGGCAUGGAGCUCCUGGUGACCCAGCUGCACGACCACAACAAGGCCAUCUCCAUGGAGGCGCUGGACAUACUGGACGAGGCCUGCGAGGACAAGGCUAAUCUGCACACACUUAUCCAAAUGAAGCCAGCACUUUCUCACCUUGGAGACAAAGGAAUCCUAUUACUGUUAAGGUUCCUUUCGAUACCCAAGGGAUUUUCCUACCUUAACGAGAGGGGUUAUGUUUCCAAACAGUUGGAGAGAUGGCAGAGAGAAUAUAACCUGAAGUAUGUGGACCUGAUCGAAGAGCAACUGAACGAAGCACUCACGACGUACCGCAAGCCUGUAGACGGGGAUAACUAUGUGCGACGUAGCAACCAAAGGUUACAAAGACCAAAUGUAUAUAUUCCUGUGCACCUGUACGGCCAGCUCGUCCAUGAUAAGACCGGCUGCCACCUUCUCGAAGCUCAGAAUGUUGUUCCUGACCUGAGUUACACUGUGCGCUCUCCGGUGCUGGACAAGUGGGAGGGCAUCAAACAGCUCAAGGCAGCGCUGUGGGCUUUGGGUAAUAUUGGUUCCUCAAAUUGGGGUCUGAAUCUUCUCCAAGAGGAGGGUGUGAUUCCAGACAUUGUAGCUCUGGCCCAGCACUGUGAGGUCUUAUCCAUCCGAGGGACGUGUCUGUACGUGCUGGGGCUGAUCAGUAAGACCAAGCAGGGCUGUGACGUGCUGAAGCAGCAGGGCUGGGACGCGGUGCGGCACAGCCGCCGGCAGGCCUGGCCCAUCGCCCCCGACGAGGUGGAGCAGCCGCUGGCCACGGAGCUGUCGUCGGUCCCCAGCACGCUCAGCCUCAACUCCGAGUCCACCAGCUCCCGGCACAACAGCGAGAGCGAGUCGCAGCCCAGUCUUUUCUACCUGGAAGAUGACCGCUGCGACAACCUGACGUUCGCCGAGGAGCACUCCCCGCACGUGCGCUCCAAGCCCAAGGACCGCAGCCGCUUCACGCUGCUGGGCUCCAGCCGCCUCAUGCCGCGCGGCUUCCUCACCUCGCUCUCGCUGGCCGGCAAGAAGCCGCGCAGCACCAGCGACCCCAAGAGCCUCAGCGGCCGCCACCACGAGGAGCAGAUGGCCGGCGGCGGCGGCGGCCGGCGAGUCCGCACCGUCACCGAGCCGUCGUCGCUCUCGUACAGCCCCUCGUCCGAAGUGUUCUUCAACGGCGGCCGAGAGCCGCCGCGCAGCCCCACCGUCAGCCUGGAGACGUCGUUCCUAGGCAACCGGGUGGUGCCGACGACGACGGCAGUGGCCCAGCCUGGAGGAGGUGGAGGAGGAGGAGGAGGUGGAGGAGGAGGCGGUGUUGGUGGGAGCAGCUCCAGCGUGUGUGAGAUCGAGGUGUCUCUGCCCAAGAGCACGGGGGCCGGGCCCGGCCCGGGAGCGGAGGCGGCCGCGGCGGCCGUGUCGGGGGUCGAGAGGGACCCGGGCGCGGUCCAGCAGCAGCGCGAGCGCCUGGCCUCGAGCGACGGGCCGUCCUGCCUGACGUCGUCGGGCGGCCCCACCUUCAAGAGCCGCAGCCAGAGCUUCAACACGGACACCACCACCAGCGGCAUCAGCUCCAUGAGCUCCAGCCCCUCCCGCGAGACGGCGGGGGGCACCGCCGCCACCACCCCGACCCCCGUCACCCCCGGCGCCGCCGGCUCCUCCGUCACGGACUCCGUCGCCUCCUCGUCCGCUUCCGCCGCCGCCGCCAACGACACCGACUGCGCCAGCCUGGACACGGUGGCCAGCGGCAAGACGGUCAAGACGGUGGGCUCGCUCACGCCGCCGCCCCCCCAGUCCAACCACAUGCCGCUGUCCAAGGCCAGCUCGGUGUCGCUGGUGCCGCCGGGCUCGGCCCACACGCUCCCGCGGCGCGCGCAGUCGCUCAAGUCGCCCUCGGUGGCGGCCGUCCGCGGCCUGAUGGACUACAGCUACAUCUACACGAGCCCGCGCGACGCGCUCGGCUACGCCACGCUCAAGCGGCUGCAGCAGCAGCGCAUCCACCCCUCGCUCUCCCACAGCGAGGCGCUCGCCUCGCCCGCUAAAGACGUGCUCUUCACCGACGCCAUCACCAUGAAGACGGGCAGCCUGGACUCUAGACUCACCUCACGCAGGUCAUUUCCCGUCUUUGUAAUGAUUGUAGUUGACCUGGCUGAGACCCUAGUUGUAGGACUUGUUCAUCUGUGGCCUUGUAUUUGCUGGUUCUCCAGGUACUACCACACGCUGCACUACUCCCUCCAACACCCGCUCCAUCAGUCACUCCACCACUCGCACCACUUCUCGCUCCACCACUCGUUCCACCACACUCUACACCACCCGCACCACCACCACCUGCACCAACACCACCACCCGCACCUCCACCAGCACCCGCAACACCACCCCCACCACCACCCGCACCACACAAAGCGGCACAGCUGCUCGGGCUACAUCCCCACGGGCUACCAGCGCAGGGUGUCCCGCCACAUCCUCCCACGGUUCCUCAAGGCUCUGAGCUUCGCCUCCCUGGACAAGGAGGACCUGCUGAGCCCCAUCAACCACGCCACGCUGCAGCGCUCCUCCUCCGUGCGCUCCAUGGUGUCCAGCGCCACCUACGGCUGCUCCGACGACUACGUGGGCCUGGCGCUGCCCGUCGACAUCAACGACAUUUUCCAGAUUAAAGAGACCUCAUACUUUCAGAAGCGAACAAGUCCAACGGCUGGGGAGAAAGUGGCUAAAUUCUUUGGGGAGUCAGAUGGCUUUGUCUCUGGCCCUGCCCUGAAGACGCAGUUCAGCAUCUCGGAGCUGCUGGCCAGGCAGGACGGCUCAGGCCAGCAGGGGGAGCCAGAGGCGGGCGGAGGCCCAGAGGAGACGGGCCUGCAGGAGCACAGCGAGGACAACUGCCUCUACUGCGUGGGCCUGGUGGUGCUGGGCUGCAACGGCGGCAACAACCACCUCAACUCCACUCACAACCGCACCGAAGUCAGUGACAAUCAGUACCCUCCAUGGGUUGGGCCAACCAGCCACAACCACCUGGAGGUGGUGCCCCAGUCCAAGUACUCGGGCGUGUCGGGUUGCAGUGACGCGGUGUCCGGCGGCUCAGUCAACAGCAGCACCCCCAGCACUGACCUUGUCCUGGGUUGCAAGACCAUGUCUGAGGACAGCCCGGCAUCCAGAGUGCUCCUAAGGAAGGAGGUGCUGCGGUUGGUGGUCAACCUCAGCUCUUCCGUUGGCACCAAGGGCCAUGAAACAGGCCUUCUCACCAUAAAGGAGAAGUUCCCGUACGCGUUUGACGACAUCUGCCUGUACUCCGAGGUGUCCUACCUGCUGGCCCACUGCAUGUUCCGGCUGCCCUCCCGCCGCUUCAUCCAGGAGCUCUUCCAGGACGUCCAGUUCAGCCCCAUGUAUGACGAAGCUGACACCAUCUUGUCGAUGCCACCAAAGAAGGAGGAGGGAGACUUUGCUGCUGUGUCCUGAUCCUCCCAUACAGUGCAGCCACACCCCCACCUCCACACACACACACACACACACACACACACACACACACACACACACCUCCACACCUCCACACCACACACACACACACACACACACACGCACACGCACACGCACACGCACACACACACACUCUUAUCCUCCUCCCCUCACAUGCGGAGAAACUAAAGGAAGCCAGGAAGAGUGGCUAGAGAGAGAAGCUGGGCGACAGAAGGGAGCUGAUGGGAAGAGGACAGAAGAGUGUGCUGGUGGUUUUUGAGGAAGAUGGGAUAUGGAGGAGUGAGAGGGAGGGAAAGAUGGGGAGAAGUACAUAUCUUUCACUCUCUGUGUUCGCCGCGGGGAGAUGGAUCAUGGCUGCAGUCAGAAACACGAGAAAACCCAAACCACAACAGCAGACCAGACAAAGCACAUUGCUGUUUUUGUUUGCUGUCAAAACAAAAAGAGACAUUUACCAAAUAUUAUGGCUGGAACCAGUUGAGCAACGAACACAAAUUCAAAUGACAAACUGUAAGCCUGAACAAACCAAUUCAGCAUUACUGCGAAAGUAAAGAACAGGUUUUUUUUUUGUACAUUUUACUUGCAAUGAAGGACUAUAUUUUCAAAAGGAUCCGAAUAUUGGCAUGGUUGUUAAAGAACUAAAAGCCUGUCAGUAUUCUCUUAACACUACAGAAAACUAGAGGCGUCCUCAACUGGAACAAGCAUUGCAGGACAGGGUCCCCCUCAGUUUCACGACAAAUAAUCGUAUGACGACUUGAUGGAUUUUAUCUUUCAAAGCCUUCAGUCAAAGGACUGAAAUCACACAACAGCAGCUGUUGUUUUAUCUUAUUUAUUGUGUAUUUUUUUUCAUAGUUUAUGGUGCAUUUUUUUUUUAUUAUUACAACCUUCAAACAAUCAAGCACCCAUCAUGUUUUGCCACUGUCCCUCAUUGGGACACUCCGUCUUUAGCCAUGUCAUUCUCAUUUCUCUUUCUAAUUCCUUCUUUUUUCUGGAGAGAGCUGUUUAUUAUUAUUAUUAUUAUUAUUAUUAUUAUUAUUAUUAUUAUUAUUUCAGCUGUAGGCGUUGGUACUUUCUUCAGUUUGGAGCUUCCAUGAAGGCAGGUUGUUUUUUGUUUUUGUCAUUGUUGUCAUGCACAACACAGCUGCAUUUCAUCCAACUAAAUGUCCCACCAGUCAGAGGAAGACGUAUGUCCCUGGGUAUGUGCAGUGUGCUGUCGAGGAGUCCAUGUAUGGCCAGAGAGAGCUGCUCCUGCUCGCAGUCCCCUGAUUGGCUAACGGACCCUGUCCCGGCCGCAUGUUUGUGCGCAAGGGGUGGAAAUCUAACAGGCUUUUUUUUGCAUGUGGGCAUAUGAACUAGCAAUAUGACAUCGAGACAGAAGAAAAAGCUAAAAUGAUUUUUUUUCAUCCCUUGCUUUUUCUUUCCUCUAUAUGCUAGCAACAGGAAUAAAUCAAAAAAGUUGAGGAGAGAUGGAUACUGUACGAAGUGAGUUUUUUUUUUUUUUUUUCUUGCGAAGACAUGUCAUUCCACCAGAGUAAGUCAAUGCAAGGGGUCUUUUAUUUUGAAAAAAAUACUAUUUGCUAAAAUCCUACAUAGGAACUACUACGUACGUCACUGAAGGGACAUCAUAUCAUCUUUCUUCUCCAAGUUUUGGCAAAAAAAAUCAAAUUGUUGCCAUGUCAUCCUCUGUUAUCCUGAAGCCAAAUAAGUACGGUUACUGUGGUUUUAAUAUAUAUACUGUUGUCCGUGAGAUCAUCACUAGUGUACCUCUUCCCUUCGCCUCAGAUCAAGGGGUUGUAUAUCAGAACUGAAUCCCUUACUCCAUACAAACAAUGAAAACCAGUUGAAAACAUGUUUUUGUUUUCUGACCAACUCAUGUAACUUGUGCAGCAUGUGUGUGCAGAAUUACACCAUGUAUUUAACAACCCUAUGUUGACUUCACCAUUUCCUUGCACAACUGCUCUGACACUUUUUUUUUUCUUUUUGCAUUCACUCUCAGAUGUUUACAAUAGUCUUAACUUUCUAUUUAAAAAAAAUAUCAACAAGGCAAGGAGCUCCUUUUAUGCCUGGUCACUUUAUUAAUCAACAAGGUCGGUUGUGUACUUUCUGAAGAACCAUUCUAUAUCCAGAAUUUGACAGAUCUUUUAUUUAAAUUAAGUAAAUCGUCUUUAAAGCACUGGUAACAUAAAGAGUUGUAAUGUUGGUAGAUGUGCAGACUACAACACGUAUACAAUACAUUUCUCCUUGCAGCAUCUUUCAUACAGCAUACUAUCAGCAUUGUAUACUAAGCUUUUCAAGGAACGUGCAUGACAAACUACACUCACUGUAAUCCAUUGCUUAAUGUCAACCGAACACGUCUAAAUCCGCUGUCUUUUCCCCAGAUUUCAACGUUAUUGUGUAUCAUCAGAGGUGGAAAUAAUUAUGUAAGAGUACAAGUAAGAUGCCUAGGGUGGAGUUUGUGGGGGGGCAAUUGAACUCCCUCCCUCCACCCUGUUUCUUGUCAUUGUUUUUGUUUAAUAUGCUGCUACUUGUCUGGAUUUGUAGAGAUUACUUGCGGAUCACUUAAAUCUUUUGACUGAGUUGAUCAAUGUUGUGUAUGUAUACCAGAGGUGAGUGAAUGAGAGAGCGAGAGCGAGCGAGCGAGCGAGAAAGAGAGACCAGAAAAGACAGAAUAUUUAUAUUUUUCCUUAAGAUAAUAUUGCAAGUAUAAUUUAAAAUACUUUUUUCUUGUUUUGGGUUUUUCCCCAUUUCUCCUUUUUGGCCGAAUUUGUGACUCCCUUGUAUAAUGUGUACAGUAUGUUUUAGGUGCUGUUGACCUUGACAAACAUACAAUCAAAGGGAUAUAUUAUUAAAAAAGGAAAAAAGACAA